GACAGAUAAAUGAGUAAACCAAUAAUACAAGCAGCGGCUCAGGUUAAAAUUCUCUCGCACCUGCCGUAAUGCGCCCCAUACCAUCAUAACUCACGUGACUUGCGGCACCUCGGUGUUGUCAUCUGGUAGUCAGGGAGCCGGUGGGCGGAGCAUGUGACGUCAGGCCUCUGGCUGGAAUCAGUGUUUGGGAGUUCUAGCGCUGCUGUGUAGAGAUACGCAUAAUCAGUCUGCAAGGAGUGGCUGCAGCAAGGAGACCGGAUCCCGUCAGCAGCCGCAACAAGCACUGUCUUCCUGCAUCUUCUCACUGCUGAGGGCACUGCGCCGGGGCCGAGAGGAGCGAGCUGCAUUGAAGUGACACUGCGAGACCUGAUGAUGAUAUGCCAGAAAAAUAACGCUAAAUGAAAAAGACUUUUCACAUGCCAGAAAGGAAGCUAGCCUUCCUCAUGACAAGAUGUCGUUUAGAGAGCACAGUCCGCGCCAUGGUGCCAGGCCUCGCUCUACUAUUGAUGUCAGCUCUGAAAUGAUGGGCUUGUCAUUGGCAGGAAACUUCCAAGACCCUGAUGAGCCAAUAUUAGAAUUUAGUUUAGCAUGCAGUGAUCUUACUACACCAUCACUGGAUCGGAAACCAAAUAGUUUUGUGGCAAUUAGUGUUACAACUCCACCUCAGGCUUUCUGGACAAAACAUGCACAGACCGAGAUCAUAGAGGGGACAAGCAAUCCGACAUUUCUCAGCAGUAUUGCCUUUUUCCAAGACUCUCUAAUAAAUCAAAUGACCCAGAUCAAGUUGUCAGUCUAUGAUGUUAAAGACAGAUCUCAGGGAACUAUGUAUUUGCUCGGUUUUGGGAAGUUCACUGUAAAAGAAGUUCUACGGGAGAAGAAUCACAGGCUGUGUUUAACACUAUGGUCUGCAGAGCAAGAACCUGUGGGUAAAAUCACGGUAAUAGGUUGGCAAAUGGAGGAAAAGACUGACCAACGGACUGCUGUGACCAGAUCACCUGAUACUACCAUUAAUGGAAGGACUGUUCUUCCUGUUGAUGAAAGUUUAACAGAAUCUCUAGGAAUUAGGUCAAAAUAUGCAUCACUGAGAAAAGAUACAUUACUAAAAACAGUGUUUGGCGGUGCAAUAUGUAGGAUGUAUAGGUUCCCUUCCACAGAUGGUAAUCACCUGCGGAUCCUGGAGCAAAUGGCUGAGAGUGUACUCUCUUUGCACAUUCCCCGACAGUUUGUGAAGCUGCUUCUGGAAGAGGACGCUGCCAGGGUUUGUGAGUUGGAAGAACUUGGGGAGCUCUCUCCAUGCUGGGAAAACCUUCGCAGGCAGAUAGUGACUCAAUACCAAACCAUUAUACUGACAUACCAGGAGAACAUGACCAACCUCCAUCAGUACAAAGGUGUAUCAUUUAAAGCAAGUAGUUUAAAAGCAGACAAAAAAUUAGAAUUUGUUCCUACAAAUUUACACAUUCAGAGAAUGCGAGUUCAAGAUGAAUCUGCAUCAGAUCAGAAUUAUGAUAUAGUAACAAUUGGCGCACCGGCUGCUCACUGCCAAGGAUUCAAGUCUGGUGGCUUGCGGAAGCAGCUGCACAAAUUUGAAGACGCUAAAAAGCACAGUUUUGAGGAAAGUUGUACUACGUCCUGCCCCCAGUCUAUUGUGUACAUACCACAGGAUAUCAUUCGAGCAAAAGAGAUCAUUGCCCACAUCAAUACGCUAAAAACUCAAGUCAGUUAUUAUGCAGAGAGGCUGUCCAGGGCAGCCAAGGACCGAUCGGCCAAUGGACUUGAGAGAACACUUUCAAUCUUGGCGGAUAAGACUAGGCAACUAGUCACAGUCUGUGACUGCAAACUAUUAGCAAAUUCAAUACAUGGACUCAAUGCUGCUCGACCAGACUACAUUGCAUCCAAAGCCUCUCCUACAUCUGGUGACGCUGAUCAAGUCAUGCUAAGGAAUGAUCAGGAUACCUUGGUGGCAAAGUGGACAGGCAGAAAUAGCAGGUCAUCUCUACAAGUAGACUGGCACGAGGAGGAGUGGGAUAAAGUGUGGUCGAAUGUGGAAAAAAGUCUAGAAUGUAUUAUUGAGAGGGUAGACAAGCUUCUACAGAAGGAACGCUUGCAUAGCGACAGCUGCGAUGAUGUAUUUCAGUGUGACAUCAGUUGUUCUAGCAAGAAAGGUAAUCUGAGAAAUCAAGCGUACUGGAUAAAUCCAACAGCCUCCGAUGACGAGGCCCUAUCAUCUCCAUCAUCACCUCCUGCAUGCCAUCCUCCCCAGUUUACAAAUUCCAGUUCGGCAUCCGAAGAUCCCAGCCCAGGAGAAUGGAGUGAAGCCCUUUACCCCUUGUUGAGCACACUUACGGACUGCGUAGCCAUGAUGAGUGACAAGGCGAAGAAAGCCAUGGUGUUCCUGCUGAUGCAGGACAGUGCUCCAACUAUCGCCAUGUAUCUCAGCCUCCAGUACCGUAGAGAUGUGGUCUUCUGCCAAACUCUAACAGCACUUAUCUGUGGCUUUAUUAUCAAACUGAGGAACUGCCUUCAUGACAAUGGAUUUCUGAGGCAGCUCUACACAAUUGGUCUUUUGGCUCAGUAUGAGAGUCUCCUAAGCACAUAUGGAGAAGAAUUGCCAAUGCUGGAAGACAUGAGUAUAGGGAUCAUGGACUUGAGGAAUGUAACAUUCAAGGUGACUCAAGCUAUAUCAAAUGCCUCAUCAGAUAUGCUGCCUGUUAUAACUGGAAACCGGGAUGGAUUUAACGUGCGAAUCCCAUUGCCAAGUGCUUUAUUUGAUGCUCUUCCACGUGAGCUUCAGAGUGGCAUGCUGCUAAGGGUUCAACCGGUCCUCUUCAACGUGGGAAUCAAUGAACAGCAGACACUGGCAGAGAAGUUUGGAGAUACAUCCCUUCAGGAGUUAAUAAAUAUGGAGAGCCUGGUGCGGUUAAAUUCCUAUUAUGAGCAGUUCAAAGAGGUUUUACCAGAAGAUUUUCUUCCUAGGUCGCGUAGUCAAACCUGCCUGCCUGAACUGCUUAGGUUCCUUGGUCAAAAUGUUCAGGCACGAAAAAACAAAAAUGUGGAUAUCUUGUGGCAAGCUGCAGAGAUAUGUCGAAGGCUGAAUGGGGUGCGCUUCACGAGCUGUAAGAGCGCCAAGGACCGCACAGCUAUGUCAGUGACACUGGAGCAGUGCCUGAUCCUGCAGCAUGAACAUGGAAUGGCGCCACAGGUUUUCACACAGGCACUAGAAUGCAUGCGAAGCGAGGGCUGCCGUCGAGAAAACACAAUGAAGAAUGUGGGAUGCCGCAAAUACGCAUUUAAUUCUCUCCAGCUAAAGGCUUUCCCCAAGCAUUACAGACCUCCUGAAGGAACGUAUGGCAAAGUGGAAACAUAGAAUUUGUGGAAUCCUUCUGUACCAUUAUUGUUCAUAUUCAAACAGAUUUUUUUUUAAAUACUUUACUUUUUAAAGCAACUUUUAUUUUAUUAAACUGAGCAUGUAGUAGGACUUAAUAGUUAUGUCACUUCUGCUUAGAAAUACUGCCCGCAAACUGCUCAUGGGGUACUGUGAAUCCAACACUU